AUGGUUUUACUGGGCUACUUGCGGAACUUCCAGCCGUUUCGACUCGACGCCCUGGGUAUCGUAACGCUCCUGGGUGCGGAACAGGUCAACCAACAUGUGGGCAAGCUGGUCAGAAGCCGAUGGCUGGAAUACAUGCCGCUCCUCGGAGCCUAUGUCAUUGCCAGUGACGAGUUCACGGACAAACAAGCUGGCUUUCAGCUAUUCAACUUCACCGCGAACAUAUAUACGCCCAGCCUGGCGGGAUGGUUCAGCCGCUGGCUCGACGAACAGGAUUUUGAGACGUCGGGGACGUGUGUGGAGUGGAGAGUCAAUGCAAAGGCUCAUUCCUUCGCUCUCGACAUCUGGAAAUCCCUGCUCGCUGGGGUCAUCGUCCAGGGUGGAUUCAUCGUAAUCACCGUUCUCAUGGGAGACAGGUGGGGCUUCGCAAACGCCAUGUCAAUGGUGAUAUCCACCGUCGGAAGGGCGUAUCUGGUAAAUCGCAACACUACCUGGCUCGAUGGUACCAUUGUGGCAGGGAUACGGAAAGCGCUCGGCGAACCUGAGUCUCUCGCAUCCACCAAACGGCAGCCCAACGUGAACAGCACGGUUUUCGACAAGGAGAAACUCGAAAGGCUGCCAGAAGCAAAACUCAUUGUGGUCUUGCCAGACGCCAGAGCCGCCGUGCUUUUCAUCCCCGACUGCUUGGUGCGUGAGAUCUUCGUCUACAACCCGAAACCACCAGGCACGAUGGAUGAGACCAAGAGAGUCGGGACGUGGCCCGUCCGCCAGAGAGACGAGAACAGGAGAAAACAGUCGAGCCAGCCGGACUUCCUGAUCUAUGAAAUUGUGCGUUGGAUCUGCUGGCUCGCGUUCGGCGCCCACGUUAUCACCAUCGGCAUGUCGGAUCUGGUCAGCCAGCUCAUCACGGUGGUGAUCAUCGUGGUGCCCACCUUCCUGAUCGUGCAGGGCUUCGGCUGCGACGACACGCAUAUUGGAACCCGGCUGCGGGCAGAGAUAACGGACAUUCCGCCGGAAGAGGUCAAAGCGAGGCGCGCCGAUAUGUACGCCUUUCUGGACCUCACCAAGGAAGAGGAAGGGUGUCUGGAGCAGUGGAACCUGGCGGCUAACCGGGCCAACAAAGAGUUCUGGAGCGAUUAUGAGAGGAAGAAGGACAUAUUUGGCCGGGUGCCGAACCUACGCGAGAUCCGGAAUUACGAAGAUCGCCUCCGGGCGCUCCAAGCGGCUGGAGACGCUUUCCGGAAGGACCACGAAGCCAAAACACCUUCGCCGCAAGUGCGUCCGGCGUCUAGCACGACGUCGAAACACACAUCUCUGGGCACAGCGUAG